AUGUCUAACCAUCAAGUUAACGAUGACUCUGAUAAUGAUCAGGAAUCAUUAUUAGAAUUCGAAAGAUUAGGUUCUACUUUACCACCAGCUUUGAAAAGAUCAGCAUCAUCUUUAUUUGAAGCAAUUCAAGCUACCCCAACGGCUGGUACUCCAAUUGCAGCUAUUCCAACAUCACCAAGUGCUAGUAAUCCUCAUCAUCCUUUUAAUAAUGAUCCAAAUUUGAAAUCUCCACAACCUCAACAUGCAAGAGAUAGUUAUCAACAAAUUCCAGGAAGACCUCCUCAAGCUACUCCAAAUUUAAGAAACAGCAAUUUUAGACAACACUUGAUUUCAAAAUUGUCUAAGCUGGAAAAUGGUAGAGAAAGUUCUCCAAUCCCAUUACCAAAACCAAGAUUCGAUGAAAACACAUAUAAGCCAGCUUUGAAUACCAAACAAUCUUCCACUGGUGUGUUAUGGGCUACCGAAAGAGCUUCGGAGUAUGGUUAUGAUUCAGAACACGUUGGUGAUUGGGCUAAUUUAGGUCAAGGUGCUCCAGAACACGGUGACUCCAUCCCAGGAUCAUUCCCAAGACCUAAACAAAUCAACUUGCCUGUUGAUUAUCGUGAAUAUGCUCCAACUGCAGGUAUCAAGCAACUUAGAGAAGCAGUUGCCAACUAUUAUAAUGUUACAUACCGUCAAGGAAAAACAUCUCAAUAUACUUACAAAAAUGUCUGUAUUGUUCCAGGUGGUAGAGCCGGGUUGACUAGAAUUGCUAGUAUAAUCAGUGAUGUUUAUUUGUCCUUUUUCCUUCCAGAUUACACUGCUUAUUCUGAACUUAUUGCAACAAUGAAAAAUUUCUCUCCCAUUCCUGUCCCAUUGAAAGAAAUGGAUAAUUUUGAAAUGCAUUUGGAAUUGGUUAAGGAUGAAUUGGCUAGAGGUAUGGGUGCGCUUUUGACUUCUAAUCCAAGAAAUCCAACUGGUAAUUGUUUAUCAAGAGAUCAAUUACGUGAAUUACACCGUAUGUGUCGAGAAAAAUGUUUACUUAUCAUGGAUGAAUUUUAUUCUCAUUAUUAUUAUGAUGAAGGAUGUACUGGUUCUUCAAUCAGUUCAGCUGAAUACGUCGAAGAUGUAAACCAAGAUCCAGUUUUGAUUUUGAAUGGUUUGACAAAAGCUUUUAGAUUGCCUGGUUGGAGAAUUUGUUGGGUUGUUGGUCCCGAAGACUAUAUAAAUGCCCUUUCCUCUGCUGGUUCUUAUUUGGAUGGUGGGUCAAAUUCUCCAUUGCAACACGUUGCUGUUGAAUUUUUGCAACCAUUGAAAGUACAACAAGAAAUGAAAGCUUUACAAAUGCAUUUCAAGAUGAAGCGUGAUUAUGUCAUUGGUAGAUUAUCCAAGAUGGGAUUCCCAUUUACACAAAAAACAAUUCCAAAUUCAACUUUUUACUUGUGGUUAAAUUUGAGCCAUUUACCUGGAAAAUUGAGUAAUGCCUUGGGAUUCUUCCAUGAAUGUUUACAUGAAAAAGUCAUUGUUGUUCCUGGUUUCUUCUUUUUGAUUAACCCACAAAAUUUAGCCCAUAUUGAAGAAAUUAUUUGGUAUCAUUAUGUUAGAAUCAGUUAUGGUCCUGAAUUACAUCAUUUAGAAGCUGGUAUGGAUGGUAUAGAACGUAUAUUACAUAGAUUCGGUUGCUUACCUUACGAGAUUGGCAACUAA